CCGCCUACAUCCUUCCUCGAUCCCUUGGCGAUCACCGUAGUACCCAACUUGCACAACAUCCUGGACUCUGUACUCAAGACGAAACCGAAGGUAGUCGUGCCUGUCUUUCUGGAACAAUGGGCGUUUUCGCCGAGUGCUACCGAUGUUCUGAAGACCCUCGAAUAUGUUGUAAGUUUAUUAUCGAUGCUGUGA